AUAUAAGAAGUAACGAAGGACUUUAUACUGAAACUAUACAAACUCAUAUGCCUUGGAACACCUUUGGGCACAUCUAUAAGUAAAUUAGAAUCUUCGGAUGCUAAUAAGGCAAGUCCAGCCGCCUGAGUAUGAUAUCCUUGCUGCGGCGUAACUUCAAGCAGUUCGCGAAGAAGCCCCGACCGUUGACGCGUAGCCGGAGCGAUCAACACCAGCAGCAGCUCCAGCUGCGAGGUCGACUGGGAUUGGAGUUCGAGCGACUGGACGAGGAGGCCUCAUCGUCGCGCGACAGUCUCGUCUUCCCGGCGUCCCUCGGCCUCGUCUCCCGGCACCAGCUCGAGCAACAUCAGCAGCAGAUCCGUCAGCUAAAGGAGGAGCCCUCGACGGCCCAGCUCGUCGGCCAGGAGCCCAGUCAGAUCCGGGAGUUCCGCUGCAGGUUCUGCGGCAAAGGCUACAGAUGGAAGAGCACCAUGAGGCGGCACGAGAGCCUCGAGUGCGGCGACAAGCCCCCGUCGUUCCAGUGCCCCCAGUGCCCCUACAAGGCCAGGCAGAGGGGCAACCUGACCGUGCACUUUAAGCGCCAUCACCAGACAGCCUGAGGCCGAUUAUGCCAGCCGACGGGCUGUCACCGGGAUGCGGCGCCGAGCCGAAUCGCCGCGCAACGACGAAUCGCCGAUGCCUGAUUACCGAGGUCGUACGUAAAGCGUUUCCUCCCACCUC